GACACCGGUCCGGAUUCUGAUAAAAAAAAUAAUAAUAUCAACUAGGAGGGGGCAUGAAAUGAAGAUAACAUUGAAAAAUUUAUUUUUAUUUUAGUUUUUGGAGAUCGUUCACUUGCUCGUCUGAUAAAUUAUAGUUCUAAGGAACGAUCGGUUUAUAUAAAGGUCAGAUUAUUCAUUGCCAAAAUGAGGAUUUUGCAAGCAGCAAAAAACGCCGUACAAAAAGUUGGCAGACUACAACAAAAUGCCGGGUGUUUUUCCAGCCUGGCCAGUGUUAAACCAGAGCCCCAACCUAAUGUUUUAUAUUCUGGGAUUUUCAUCAACAAUGAAUGGGUGAAAUCUUCCACUGGUGCCACAUUCCCAACCAUUAACCCUGCAAAUGGAAAAGUAAUUACUGAAGUGCAAAGGGGUACUAAAGCAGAUAUUGAUAAAGCAGUAGUUGCUGCCAAUGAAGCCUUCCGUCUUGGAUCCCCUUGGAGAACAUUGGAUGCUUCCGAAAGAGGAAGACUAUUGUAUAAACUCGCAGACCUUUUGGAAAGAGAUGCUGUUUAUGUAGCUAGUCUUGAAACCUUAGACAAUGGAAAACCUUUUACGGCGUCCUACUCCGUGGACGUUGCCAUGGCCAUAAAAACCCUACGUUAUAUGGCAGGCUGGGCCGAUAAAGAUCAUGGCAAAACUAUCCCGUUGGACGGACCUUACAUGGCCUACACCCGUCACGAACCCGUCGGUGUAUGUGGCCAGAUUACACCCUGGAACUUCCCUCUGUUGAUGACCGCUUGGAAAAUCGCUCCAGCACUAGCCAUGGGAAACACCGUCGUCUUAAAACCAGCAGAGCAAACUCCUUUGACUUCCUUGUAUAUUGCGGAACUUUGCAAAGAAGCCGGAAUUCCACCUGGCGUCGUUAAUGUCGUUCCUGGUUAUGGUGAUGCUGGUGCUGCAUUAGUAGAAAAUCUUGAUGUAGAUAAAAUCGCCUUUACCGGGUCUACUGAAGUAGGAAAACUGAUUCAAAGAAAUUCCGGAGCAGGCAAUUUGAAACGUGUUACUCUCGAAUUAGGCGGAAAGAGUCCCAACAUUAUUUUGGCUGACGUUGACAUUGAAAAGGCUGUAGAAGCGGCACAUUCUGCCGUUUACUUUAAUCAAGGUCAAGUGUGCUGUGCCGGAUCUCGUACUUUCGUUGAGGAAUCGAUUUAUGAUGAAUUCGUUGAGAGAUCGAUCGAGAGGGCGAAGAACCGUAAGGUCGGAGAUCCGUUCCAUCCUGAGACUGAACAUGGACCACAGAUUGAUGAAGAACAACAACAAAAAAUUCUGUCCCUUAUUGAAGAAGGAGCCAAACAAGGAGCUAAAUUGGUUUACGGAGGGAAAAGGCAUGGAGAUGAGGGUUUUUAUGUCCAACCGACCGUUUUUGCUGAUGUUGAGGAUCAUCAUAUUGUUGCCAGAGAAGAAAUCUUCGGCCCCGUUCAACAGCUAAUGAAAUUCAGAAACCUUGACGAAAUAAUCGUGAGGGCCAACAAGACGAAUUACGGCCUUGCUUCUGCAAUUUUCUCCAAGGAUAUUGACAAAAUUAACUAUCUUACUCAAGGUAUUAAAGCCGGAACCGUUUGGGUUAACUGCUACAAUGUUUUACAAGCACAGACACCAUUUGGAGGUUACAAGGACUCAGGGCACGGUAGAGAAUUGGGACAAUACGGCCUAAGACAAUACACAGAAGUGAAAACAGUUAUCACAUCUCUUUUACAGAAAAAUUCUUAAAUGUCUACAUGUUUCGUUUAAUGUUAUCACUUAGUGAUAGGAUUUUCUACUUUUGAAAUGUUACCGAUAGGCUAUGCUAUUAAUUAGAUGAUAAGUUUUUUGUGUUUAUUAAAGUUUUAAAUUUUUUUGGAAAUACAUAUUUUAUGCUGA